ACAGCAAUCAAACCAUCUAUAUACUUGCGCUGUUUUACGAGCAUCUUUUGUUAUUAGGACCUGAUAAUGACCAUGCGUUUCAUCAACAUCAGUUGUUCAGAUCACUAUUAUUGCCAUUAAUUGUUAUGGAUUCGAAAUUCAUAAAAUACAAUAAAAAACAUAUCAUGAAACAAAACAAAACCAAAUUAUUUUGAUAACUUCACAAAGAUUGACAGAAAAACUUCAAAAUGGCAGAGUUACCAGCUUUAAGCCGACAUCAUAACAGUGAAUCUUUCCCCCCUUUUGGUCAUUUCGAACUUCCAACAAGGGUAACACCGAGAAGGGCAGAAGACAACUCAUCAAUUAGCCGACUGCCGGCUAUAUCGAAUCAAAGCAGACUCAACUUACCACCUCAACAACCACCUCAGCCCGAGAGGGAAAAUAAAUGGAUGAAAAGACGUGAACAGACAAAACCCGACUUCUUUCAGACUCUUGACGUCAUCAAACCGAACUCACGCGAACAGACACGAACUCCAAAUUCUAGCCAAUCACAGAGAUCAAACGAAAAACCCGAAACUUUUUUUGUACCGUUAACGCCUAAAAGAAGUUUAGAGCCAAAAGUUAGAGAGAAAAAAGAUUACGAACCAAAAUUCCAGCGUGAAAAAAGUCCCUUUAGGGAAGUUACGAAUCUACGCGAAGAUUUUUUGGCGAAUAAACGAAAGUCGGAGUUUCGAAACUCGAAAGGUGGUUCAGUUUACUUCGUCCCGUUGUCUCCCGGAGAACCUGAGCAAUCAGCUCGAAGAUCAAAACAUCAUCAAAAUGAGCCCCUUUUGAAAACAGAAGAUUUAAGUUAUUCCAAGAACUUGAGAUCAAACCAGGAAAGGUUGCGAGUGUUGGACAAAAUAGAGAACUGUUUCUUCUGUGGCAAAGCAGUCAAUAUUUGCAACAGGGACUUCCACAACGAGGCCAAGUGCAAGAGAAUAGUAAGGGAGAAAACAUUCACCAUUCGGAAGAGCAACAGGACCUCAUGGGACAACCCUCUUGGCAAGACAACUUAUAUGGGCUCUCCAUGGCAAAACACACUUCCCGACCGAGUAUCACAAUCAUACCAAUAUCAUCACCCAAAUCAAGACUUCAUCAGAACUGCCACAAGCCUCGAAGACAUCCGACUACAAAACCCGACUCCGAAUGGAACCUCAGACAAAAACGGCGGCGAUUUCUGUAAACAUUGUGCCAAACCGGUAACAAGAUGGACCGUUCACUACCAUAACAGUAAAUUAUGUCACCAAAAUGAAAUGGCGCGCGAAAAAACGAUGAUGAUUCUCCGAAAUCCGGAAACAAACCGCGGUGACAUUUCGUCAAAUUUCGACAAUGGUACCGAGUUAUUGAAUCAAUGGUGCCCAGAAGGCGUCAAAAACAGUCUAGAAUUAGACAGUUUGAAAAACUUAAUGCAGCCUCCUAUUUUGAAGUAUGGUAAAGAUUGUCCACUUUGUGGAAAGUGGUUUGGAAGUAAAUCUCUACCAAUUCAUCAAGCUAGUUGUAGAAAAAAACCGCAUCUGAGUUUCUUCUAAGCUAUGUCUAUCCAAAAUUGUGAUUUAUAGUUUGCUAUUUAUUAUUCAUCUUUCGUUGUCACUAUUUCUGGAUGGCUGAAAUAAAAAAAGUUUCAAUGUU